CCUCAGAAGGGACCGGGGACGGCUUGUCGAGCGCGGCGCAUUCGCAGCAGCUGCGGACCCGACGGCGUGUCCGCCCCUUGCCGGGUCCCGCGGGCCGCCGCGGUGAGAGGGUCCGGGGCUGCGGGGCUGCGCUCUCGAGGGGCCGGGCGGCGUGGCUGCGCUGGGACGGAUGCCAUAAGGCUUCUGAGCUGCUUGAGACUCAGCCUUGGUGGCCAGAGGCUCCCAACACACGUGUGUGUUUGCAGCUUCAGGAAACUGCUCCUCAGCCUGUGCCCAUCCUGUUUGGCUGCCUGGCUACCAUGGAGGCCCCAGAAGUCCCUGUGGGCUCCCUGAUUGACUUUGGGACUGAACCACCUACCUCUCCUCCCCUGGAGGCAGCCCCUUCAACACUCCAGGACCCAGAUGGCUCCUUGGGUGACGGUGCAUCUGAGAGUGAGACCACUGAGUCUGCAGACAGUGAGAAUGACAUGGGCGAGUCACCCUCACACCCGUCCUGGGACCAAGACCGCCGCUCUUCCUCCAAUGAGUCCUUCUCCUCCAAUCAGAGCGCUGAUUCAGCCCCAGAUGAGGAGACCCUGGCACUUCGAGAGUUCAUGCGCAACUACGUAGAGAAGAUCUUCUCUGGAGGGGAGGACUUGGACCAGGAAGAGAAGGCCAAGUUUGGGGAGUACUGCAGUGGUGAAGACGGGAAAGGCCGUGAGUGGUUCGCACGGUUUGUGAGCGCACAGCGCUGCAAAUCCAAGUGUGUGUCUGAGCCAACCUUCUACCGCCUGGUGCAGUCCUUCGCAGUGGUGCUGUUUGAGUGUCACCAGAUGGACGACUUCGGGCCUGCUAAGAACCUCAUGACCAUGUGCUUCACCUACUACCACCUGGGCAAACCACACCUGCUCCCUACAGAGCCCAGGGAGAAGCCAGCUGGCAGCAUUGACUCCUACCUGAAGUCAGCUAACAGCUGGCUGGCUGAGAAGAAGGACAUUGCUGAGCGUCUGCUGAAGAACACAGAGAACAUGAAGGGCUUCUUUGGGGGCCUGGAGACCAAGCUGAAAGGGCCGCUGAUCAGGAAAAACGAGGAAGACGAGAACAAACCCAAGGACAGACAGCUGAAGACUGUGACUGUGAUCAGCCCCGAAGAUGAACAGAAGGGGGAGAAGGUUUACCUGUACACGCAUCUGAAGCAGCAGCCCAUCUGGCACACACUGAGGUUCUGGAAUGCAGCCUUUUUUGAUGCUGUCCACUGUGAGAGGCGGAAGCGAUCCCCCACCACCAGAGGGGAUGCUGGAGAGCAGGAGGAGAAGAGGGAGAAAUGGUGCCACAUGACCCAGGAAGAGCGGGAUGACAGCCUGCGGUUCAAUGAGAACAUCACCUUCGGGCAACUGGGAACGUUCACCCACAACAUGCUGGCCUUUGGCCUGAACAAGAAGCUAUGCAGUGACUUCCUGAAGAAGCAGGCUGUGAUUGGCAACCUGGAUGAGGAGCAAUACAAGCUGCUAAGUGACCACAUUGAACAAAUGGCCACAGAAUAGGAGGUCAGCACACGCCGCUCUCCCAGGAGCUGUCACCCCAGUGAUGACCCUGCAUGACACCAGCAGCACCCAGAGCCGCUCCUGGCUGCCCUAGAACUAGCAGUUAAAAGACUCCAGAAGCCUGUCUCCCCCUGCCUGUGUUUGCUCCCCACUCUAUAUACAAGGUGUCCCUUUGGUUACACAGCUAAAAAUGAGGGACCGUCUACCCCCACCUGUCCUUGAGCACCAGGCUUAUGAGAUGAGACAGAGGGUGGAGGAGGCCAUAAGCUAGGGUCCCAAAGUUCCUGCUGAGAGCCAGGGACAUGCGGACAUGGAGGUACAGGAGGAAUACACACAGCUAUAAGGUGCGAACAGAACCUCCACUGAGGGUCACAGCCUGCCACUCCCUGCCACAGGACUUUCUGGGAGCAUAGCUAUGUGGAGGGACUGUGAAGCCUUCCUGAAAGGUCUUGGCUACCUGCUCUUUGUCAUCUCUGCAUGGGGCAGGAACUAGAAAUCACAGGAACUGGAAGAGAACUCAAGGGUUGUCACUUUCCUAACGGUGUGAGCAUUCUGCCAGCCACAACCUUGUCUCAGACUCCAGAGUCUGUCAACAGAACCCGUGAACUGUCCACUCAACGCUGUCUGUCCUUCAGUAGCAGAGAAAAUCCUUCAGUUCCCAGACAGCAACAAUAUAUGUCAUGGAGUGCAGGAAGCAUGGGGGAAGGUUGUCUGCAGCGCUGGGAUGACACCCUUGCUAAGAGCAACUGGUUAGAGCUGGAGCACAGAAUCCAUCUGACUGAGAGGAGGCCACAGGGAAGUGAAGUUGCCUGAUAGCUCCAGCCCGUGCCCUUCUCCUUCUGAAAGACCCACAGGGACUUUCCUCUUCUGCACCCACAUGCCAGACAAAGUCUAACCCACAGCAUCCAGUGUGCUGGCUCCAGAGCUGCUGUCCCCAUCUGCCCCACCAGCAGCCUAGGUUCCUUCUGUGCCAGCUACAGCCAUUCUGGUCACUGACCUUGAAUUCGGCCUUGCAGGCUCUGCUGUCACUCUUCAUCGCCUCAUUGUUCCCUGUCCCUCAGCCUUCAGUCAUAUUUAGUCAAGGUCUGUCUGCAAGCACAGCAAUCCUCUCCUGACAGCCAUGUACUCAGCUGCCGAAGGCAAGCUUUCCCUGUAGGGAAUGUCUCCCUAGGAUGUCCAAAGAAAAGCAGAUGGGUCGAGCUCUUGAACGAGCAUUUCUUGGAUGUUGGGGGUGACCAAGGCCGUUCAUUCAUCGCAGAACAAUUCAAACAAAUGCUGACAGCCUGGUCAGCCCCUGAUGACAUAGGAUGUAUUGUUGGGGCCAGCAAGGACACCCACCCCAACAUUAGGACCCCAUAACUGUGCCUGUCUCUGCUCCUGUGCUUAAGGGAGGUGACAUCAAGUGGGGUCACCCCUGCUGUCCUCUCUAGAGCCUUCCUCAACUGUACAAGCAUGGCAGCCUCUCCUUGUUCCUCCCAGUCCUGCAUUAGUUGAGUUCAGUGAGACUUGACUCCAGCAGCUGCGUUGUCUGAUGUCUGCCUUGCCCUGUGCAGCCAUGCACAGCCUUAAGGGGAAGAGCACCAAUGGUUCCAGCACACAGUCUUUAGAAGUGACUUGGAGACUGUUCUACACCAACUUUUUGAGAUAUCCCUUCAAGGAAAAAAAGGAAGGAUUGCUCUGUUAUCUGUUUUGUCUGUCUUGCUCUUUAUUCUUGCAGAUCCAGCCCCGCAGAGUUGGGAAAUUCUGACCCAUGUUAGAUCCACAGGCCACUGCUAAGGACUUGGUAACCCUCUGAGGACAAGGUGGUCUUUGAUGGGAGCAAAGAUGCAGGUGAUGGAGGUGGCCCCACUAUCACCUGCAGAUGUCCUGUGUUGACAACUAGCCUUGAUAAAGUUUCACAUCUGG